UUUCGGGAAACGACUAAUUCCUGUGUUUUCGCACUUGGACAUAAUAUCCUAUUUCUUUGUGUUAAUAUACUAAAUUCUCUUCCCAAAUGUGACGACUUAAAAUGUCCUCGGUAAACAGCAGAAAGAAAGAGUUACAAUCAUCAGCAGAAGGCUCCAACGAUGGGGAUGUUGAGAAACCACAAGCAAAGAAGAGAAGAACUGAAGACCCUGGAUCAGCAAAAGGGACUCAAAAUGCAAAGAAGCGUAAGAGAGAGGAUGAAAACGAGGAUGAUGUGAAAGUCUCAGAUGAAGAGCAGUCAGUGAUAAAGACAAGUGCAGCACCAGAAAAAGAGCCUCUGUCUGGAGACACAAAUGCUGAUGAUCACAAUAACAAGGAUAAUGAACCAUCCAAAGCAGAAACAGUAGCAAACCAGUUUUCUCUUAACAAUGUUGAAGUGAAUCUGUCCGAAGAGGAUGAACAAGGAAUGACUUAUUUGAAGUUCAACAAACUGAUACGACCCCUGAUUGUAGAAGCUAAUCCUGGCACAGCACAUACCAAGGUGAACUCCCUUCUUGGUGCUAUAUGGAGUGACUACAAAAGGAAGAAAGGAAUGAACCUUAAUUCCUCAAGUACUGCAAGUCCUAAAGGUGGAAGCAAAGCUAAAAAGCAGAAAACUACACGCAAGUCAACAAAACCAGCUAAACGAGCUAAGGAAGUUGUUGAUGUAUCAGAUGAUGACGACUCUGGUCCUAUUUCUGCUGCGGAGGAGGAAGAUGAUGAAGAUGAUGUUGAUGUAGUCCUCAAUGAAAGGAGUGAUCCUUCAAAAUCUAGAACCAAGAUUAAAAUGCUGUUCAAAACAAAAUCAAAGGGUAGUAAAGGAGACAAGAAAACAAAAGUCCUGGAUGACGACAGUGAUCGUGGCAGUGAAGCCAGCUCUGGUAGUAGAUCAAAAAAGAGUAAUAGUAAAAAUAAUGGCAAAAGUAAGUCAAACAGGAAAAAGCUUGAUGAUGGAGGUGAUGAGGACAGUGAUGCAAGCCAGGCUAGUGGAAAGAACAGCAAGAAAAAAGCAAAGAGUACACCAAAGAUGAAAAGGGAAAAGGUGAUAAUUAGCAAGAAAAGAAAAGAGAGAAAGAAAAGUGCAGGAAAUGAUGAUGACAAUGUUAUGAGUGUGGAUGAGCAUCAAGAUUACUGUGAAGAAUGUGAAGAGGGUGGAGACUUGCUGUUGUGUGACACCUGUACACUGUCAUUUCACUUGCGUUGUCUUGAUCCACCCCUAGAUGAACCACCACAGGGACGCUGGAGUUGUCCUGUUUGUGAAGAUGAAAAUACAAGUGAUUCCAGUGAAGACAUGCACAGCGAUUAUUGCAGAGUGUGUAAAGAUGGUGGACAGUUGCUUUGUUGUGACAGCUGCCCAUCAGCAUAUCACUUGCAUUGUCUGAUUCCACCAAUGAAGAAAAUUCCUGGUGGAGACUGGAGGUGUCCCAGGUGCAAGAGUGAGCCACUUAAAGGCAAAGUUGAACGAAUUCUCCACUGGCGUUACGUCAACCUACCAAUUGAAGAUACAUUGCUCACUUCAGAUAAUCCCCAAGAGUUGACUGAACCUGAGACCUAUGAAACUAGGGAAUUCUUUGUUAAAUGGAGCGAGAUGUCUUACUGGCAUUGCUCAUGGAUCACAGAACUUCAGUUGGAGAUCUACCACCCCAGUAUGUACCGUGCCUAUUUUCGCAAGAAUGACAUGGAAGAACCUCCACCUGUUGAUGAUGGUGAUGAGGACAAGGAAACCCCAGCACAUGUGAUACAAAACAGUAAAGCAGAAGAUGAAAGCAACCUUGAAGCAAGGUUUUAUCGAUAUGGAGUGCGACCAGACUGGCUACAAAUUCAUCGCAUCCUUCGACACAGAGCUAACAAGCAAUCCAAAGAAACGUACUUUGUAAAAUGGCGAGAUGUUCCAUACAACUUGAGCACAUGGGAAGACCCAGAUGAUCCUAUUAACUCACAAAUCAGUGAUUUCAAGGACCACAUUACCAAGUACAAGGAACUCAGAGAUAUUUAUGACAAAAAGUUUGGCACUGGCAAGAAGAAGCCCCAAAAGCAAAAGAAAGUAAAGAAACCAGCUCCAGUUGGUGAUGAUGAGGAACCUAAUUCAGAUUCAGAUUCCUCCAAAGUUGAUAAUGCUGAUAAACCUGACAAUGAUCCCCGUGACAAGUACGAAAAACAGCCAGAAUUCAUUGCAGCAAAUGCUGGCAAACUGCAUGACUACCAACUGGAGGGAUUGAACUGGUUACGGUUUUCCUGGGCACAGGGCACUAACACUAUCCUGGCAGAUGAGAUGGGUCUUGGUAAAACUAUUCAGACUAUUGCAUUCUUGUACACGAUCUGGAAAGAGGGUCACUCGCCAGGUCCAUUUUUGAUCAGUGCUCCCUUGUCUACCAUUAUCAACUGGGAAAGAGAGUUUGAAUUUUGGGCUCCUGAUAUGUAUUGUGUAACCUAUGCUGGUGAUAAAGUCUGCAGAGCAACAAUCAGGAAUCAUGAUUUUUCAUUUGAUGAAGAUGCUGUUAAGACAGGACUGAAACCACAUAAAUUAAAGAAAGAUCAUCCAGUGAAGUUUCAAGUGGUAUUGACGUCUUAUGAACUGGUUUCCAUUGAUAUGACUACACUGCAGUCCAUUGACUGGGCUGUGUUAGUGGUGGAUGAGGCUCACCGACUGAAGAAUAAGCAGUCUAAGUUUUUCAAGAUUCUGAGUGAGUACUCUAUUGAUUACAAGCUGCUUCUAACAGGCACACCUCUGCAGAACAACUUAGAAGAACUAUGGAACCUUCUUAACUUCUUGGAUCCAAAGGAAUUCAGGAACCAGAACACUUUCCUGACAGAGUUUGAAGAUGUAGCUAAAGAAGACCAGAUCAAGAAGCUCCAUGAUAUUCUAGGCCCUCACAUGUUGAGACGUCUGAAGGCAGAUGUCUUGAAGGGAAUUCCCUCCAAGAGUGAGCUCAUCGUCAGGGUAGAACUGAGCCCUGUGCAAAAGAAAUACUACAAGUAUAUUUUAACAAGAAACUUUGAAGCUCUCAAUACUAAAGGCUCUCACCAGGUGUCUCUGUUGAAUGUGAUGAUGGAGCUAAAGAAAUGCUGCAACCAUCCAUAUAUGUUUUCUUCUGCUGCAUUGGAAGCCCCUCGUGGAGCUAGUGGUAACUUUGAUGCUGCAGCACUGACACGUGCCUCUGGCAAACUGGUGCUGUUGGAAAAGAUGUUGAAGAAAUUACAACAAGAAGGACACAGGGUUCUUAUCUUUUCACAGAUGACAAGAAUGCUUGAUCUCUUGGAAGAUUUCCUCGAGGGACAUGGCUAUAAAUAUGAGAGAAUUGAUGGAACGGUGAACGGAUCAGCAAGACAGGAGUGUAUUGACAGGUUUAACGCUCCUGGUGCUCAGACAUUCUGUUUCCUGCUCUCUACUCGGGCUGGAGGCCUUGGUAUCAAUCUGGCAACAGCUGACACUGUGUUCAUUUAUGACUCCGACUGGAAUCCUCAUAAUGAUAUUCAGGCAUUCAGCAGAGCUCAUAGAAUUGGUCAGAACAAUAAGGUUAUGAUUUAUCGUUUUGUCACGAGAGCCAGUGUCGAGGAACGUAUUACUCAGGUUGCCAAGAAGAAAAUGAUGUUGACGCAUCUGGUAGUGAGACCUGGCUUAGGAUCAAACAAAGCUGCAGUGAUGUCCAAGACCGAACUUAACGACAUUCUUAAGUUUGGUACACAAGAGCUCUUUAAAGAUGAUAAUGCUAAGGAUGGAGACUCAGGUGACGCAGGACGUAUAGACUAUGAAGAGAAAGCCGUUCUUUCACUGCUGGAUCGAACCAGCAGUCAUGGAUCGGAGGCACCGCCUGAUGAAGACAAAGACAUGGCUAAUGAAUACCUUGCUUCAUUUAAGGUGGCAAGUUAUGUCGUGAAGCAAAAGGACGAAGAUGUCGAAGUUCUUAAGCAAGAUGCAGAGGCUGCCGACCCUGAUUACUGGGAAAAACUCCUGCGCCACCACUAUGAACAGUUCCAAGAAGAUGAGGCAAGGCAUCUUGGGAAGGGAAAGAGGAUAAGAAAACAGGUCAGUUAUGUCGAUGGAGGCAUGGAAGAUCAAGAGGAGUCAGCUUGGACCAACAAUCUUUCAGACUACGACGAUGGGGAAUACAGCGACGUCGAAGAGGAAGAAUCAGAUGAGGAAUUCAGCCAAAAAUCUGAAGGUCGCCAGCGAAGAGCCGCCCGCGGUGCCUCAGACAAAGAUGUCACUCCACCUCUCUUGGCCAAGGUUCAAGGAAACCUAGAGGUGUAUGGCUUCAAUUUACGUCAGCGAAAGGCAUUCCUGAAUGCUAUCAUGAGAUAUGGUUUGCCUUCUCCCAAAGGUUCUCCAAGGUCCCAGUGGUUUGCGAGGGAUCUCCGCGGAAAAUCGGAUAAAGCUUUUCAGGCGUACGUUUCAAUGUUUCUGCGCCACUUGUGUGAGCCGGGCACAGACAACAGAGAGACGUUUAACGAUGGAGUACCCCGUGAAGGACUACAAAGGACACAAGUGCUGACCAGAAUUGGUAUCAUGAGCUUGAUAAGGAAGAAGGUGGAAGAGUUUGCUCAUAUUAACGGUUGGGAAGCCUACCCGGAGGAAGAAAACACAACUGAUAAGUCGUCAAGUAAGACUUCAUCGAGGGUCUCUACACCAGUAGGGGAAGUCGACAGCAAGAAGACUGAACCGGAAGUGGUUAAAACAGAGACGAAAGAGGCGAAGACAGAAAAGAAAGAAGACGAGGCCGAAGAAAGCAAGCCUGCAGCCAUGGAGGUUGAUAAAGAUGAGCCAGUUAAAACAACUGAUGACGAAAAGAAAGAUGGCGUGAGACAAGAAAGUGGCGAUACAUCCAGCCCCACCGAAGGCGGAGAUAGCGACAGCAAGAAUGAAGGAGAUAAACAAAACAAAGUGGAUGAGGGUGAAUCUUACACCAAGGAGGAAUCGAAGAUGGAGGUGGACGCACCCAGCCCGAAAGUGGCUGCUGGGAAAGAUCAGGUAAAGGAAGAUACGUCAGCCGAAACAGAGCCUAUGGAGAUUCAAAAACAACAAGACGAAAUGUCUUUGGAAGAAAAGGACAAGAGCGGGGAUACUGACGACAAAGACGAUAACAUUGUUGACUCCGAUAAAAGUAUGGGAGAAAACAAUUCUAACUGUGCACAAAAUGACGAGAAAAAUGUUGAUUCUGAUCUUAAGAAAGGUGAUAAUACGGAACAAGUCGAUAAGACUGAAACAGAAUCGGAAGAGUCCAAAGCUGAUGGUGAGAAGGAUUCAUCCAACAAAAUGGGCGAUUGCAAACUGUCAGAAUCAACCCAAGAUACGGAAACGUCAGCCGAAGAAAAGGAGUCUGAUGACGGGACAAAGAAUCCACCAGAGACAGCUAAAGAGGGCGAGAAGAAAUUAGAAAAAACUGAAACGGAUGAUGAUGGCGAUAAACCUUCAGGUGAAGCAGACUUGGUCAAAGACGACGUGAAAACUAACGGUGUUGUUGAAUCAGACCACAAAACAACAGAAGAUGCCUCAGAAAAGUCAGAUGGUGCCGUGAAAACAGAACAAACUGCUGUGAAACCAGAAGCAGCAGCAGCGACACAGAAGCAGGAUAAGUCCACUGAAAAAUCUGCUGCGUCUGGCAAGGCCGGAGGCGCGCUUGGUGAUCAGCGUCGCUUCAUGUUCAAUAUUGCAGAUGGAGGAUUUACUGAGCUGCAUACUCUGUGGGAGGUGGAGGAGAAGAGGAAGUGUGAUGACAUCUGGUGGAGAUGCCAUGAUUACUGGCUACUGGCUGGCGUUGUUACACAUGGAUAUGGUCGAUGGCAGGACAUUGCAAAUGAUCGCAAGUUUUCAGUGAUAAACGAGCCUUUUAAGAACGUCACUUUGGAAUACAAGAACCGGUUUAUUGCCCGCCGCUUUAAGUUGUUAGAACAGGCUCUAGUGAUCGAAGAACAGUUACGGAGAGCAGAAUCCAUGAAGCUCAGACAAGAUGCUAACCAUCCAGCCAUGGCUCUCAAUGCACGGUUUGCGGAGUUGGAAUGUCUGGCAGAGAGUCAUCAACAUUUAUCCAAAGAAUCUUUAGCAGGAAACAAGCCGGCUAAUGCUGUACUACACAAAGUGCUUAACCAACUAGAAGAAUUGCUCUCCGAUAUGAAGUCGGAUGUCAAUCGGCUACCGUCGGCUCUAGUCCGAAUGCCACCCGUCACAGCUCGACUAAACAUGUCCGAGAGAGGAAUCCUCAGCCGCCUUACGAAACGUGAAGGGCCACCACCCAAUGUCACGGUAUCUGGAAAUUUAAUGCAGCCUGCCCCCAUCCCCACCUCAGCAGCCUCAAUUCCUAUCCAACCCAAGGUGCAGCCGCUGGUACUCGCUGGAGGAACUGUCAUACCUCCUGCUCCAGGUGUUAAGGGAAGACCUCCUUUCCGGUACGGUGUACCACCAUUGUUUUAUCCAUCCGCCAUGUCAGGUAGCAGUGCCACCCUAACAGUUCGUCCUCCUCCCCCCACCACCCUGCUGCUUCCUGUCCCCACAACAACGGUGAAGUCCGGAUUGGUGCAGUCCGGAUUGGUGCCGUCAGUGCCAAAACCCAGUUCUCCCUUGAUAAGUCAUCGCGUGAACUCUCCUACACCAACGCAGUAUGUAACUGCACUAAUCACCAAACCGGCGGGUAGUGCAGCGGUGUCAACAGUGCCUCAGCCAAUAUCAGGUGCUGUGAGUUCAACUCCUCCUCUGACUCCCGUGAUCAACAGUGUUUACAGUCUGAGCACAGGGAAGACAGCAACGGAAGCGCAACGCAGCUCUACUCCUCCCACCUCUACCAUCGGGGCUGGUAUCGGAAAAAUGCUUAGUAAGAAAGCAACUACACUCGUAGAAAACCAAAUUACUUCUAUUAUACGUAGAGAGGCCUCUGCUAUGGGUCUGAUAUCUUCGUCCAAUCCCAGCUCCCCCACGGCAACGGAAACACGCGCUUCUCCCGGACCGAAGCAAACUGCUUCCCAGGCUGCAGAGGAAUCCGACCAGGAGCAAACAACGAAGGCUGGAGACAAAAGCGACAAAGAUCCUGACGUGAUUUGUUUGGAUUGAUAUAGAAAACAUCGCCUCAGUCGCUACUAUAAUAGUUCUUAUCGAUAACGUCAAGAGACAGUUACUGGCUUGCGUUUCCUCAUAUGAUUUAUUACUAUUUUUAAUGUUGUUUUGACUUUAACUUUGUACUUGAAUUUCCAAUCUCAUGCGGCUUGUAGAAAUGAAAUGGAAAGCUGGCUAUAAUCCAAUAAGGGGUCACAUAAAUGAUGCUGCUGGAAAUAAAUUCUGCUUUUGAUCCCCUUA